AUAACAAACAGGUGACAUUGUUUUAAUAUGAUAACAUAGCAAAAUAGGUAGACAGUGUUUAGUUUGGCCUAUUCGUGGACACAAUAAUGAUGGCUUCGAAUAAAAGCAUAUUACCGCAGAGGGAAAUCUACAAGGGUGAAGUUAUAUACAGUAAACUGCGCGAGGAAAUGGACCAAGUUGAAAGUAUGAAUACCAGACAAGAUGAUGUGUGGGUAUGCAGUUUUCCGAGAUCCGGUACAACUAUGACACAAGAGCUUGUCUACCAUAUAAUGACACUAGAUUUUGACACGGCUAAAACAGUGCCACAGGAGGAACGCUUUCCUCAGUUACUCGAACAUGCAGAGGUUAAUAACGGAAUAACUAUGUUUAAAGAGUUCACAGGAUUACAACAUCACGAGAGGCGAGCAUCACCAAGAAUGAUUAAGUCACAUUUGCAUUAUUCGCUACUUCCGGAACAAUUGCGUAACGGAAAAGGAAAGGUGACAUCUAUAUUUUUUCACAUCAAAACUAUAAUGCUGACGAAUAAAAUGUCUGGCGUUAUAAUAAUAACUAUACCUCCGUCACACACGCAUGGCGAUAUAACGGCGACUUACAAAAUUAAAGAAUAA